UUCCAUACAUGGGCACCGAGGGGCCCGCGCGGGGCGACGUCACGGGGGGGGCCGCGCCCAUCCCGCCAUGGAGGACCUGGACGCCCUCCUGGCCGACCUGGAGACCACCACGUCCCACCUGGCCCGGCGGCCGGUGCUGCUGACGGACCCACCCGUGGGGGCCGCCCCCUCCCCCCACGCACCCUCCGGGCCCGGCGGGGACCCCCCACGGCCCCCCCCACCCCCCUACGGCCCCGUGCCGGGGGGGGACACGGAGCAGCUCUACAGCACGGUGCAGAAGCCCCGACCCCCCCGGGCCCCCCCGGCCCCCCCCGGCCUGGGGGAACUGGACCAGCUGCUGCGGGACCUGAACGUCACCCACAGCUCCAUCGCCGACGAGAUCCUGGCCCAAUUCCCCCCCCUAAAACCCCCCGAGGGGGCGAAGACGAAGGAGACGGCGGCGGCCGAGGCUGAAGUCGGGGUGACCCCCAGCUCGGGGUCCCCCCCGGCGCCCCCCAUUUCGGCCACCUCGGCCACGCAGGAGCUGGACAAGCUGAUGGCCUCGCUCUCCGACUUCCACCUCCAUCGCGCCCCCCCCCAAAAAAAGGGGGUUCCCGAGGGGGGGGACAACCUGGACUCCAUGUUGGUGUUGCUGCAGUCGGAUCUGAGUCGCCAGGGGGUCCCCACGGAGACCAAGGGGGUCUGCGGGUCCUGCCAGAAGCCCAUCGCCGGGAAGGUGGUGAGGGCUUUGGGGGGCUCCUGGCACCCCGAACAUUUCGUCUGCGCCCGCUGCGGGGGGCAGCUGGGGGGGGGCAGCUUCUUCGAGAAGGACGGGGCUCCCUACUGCCCCCGCGACUACGGGCGCCUCUUCGCCCCCCGCUGCGCCCGCUGCGCCCAGCCCAUCCUGGACAAAAUGGUGACGGCGCUGGACAAGAACUGGCACCCCGAGCACUUCUGCUGCGUCCAGUGCGGGCAGCCCUUCGGCGAGGAGGGGUUCCUGGAGAAGGACGGGCAGCAGUUCUGCCGACGGGACUUUGCGGAGCUCUUCUCCAGCCGGUGCCGGGGCUGCGGGCGGCCCAUCACCGAGGGGUACGUCGCCGCGCUCGGCGCGCUCUGGCACCCCGACUGCUUCGUCUGCCGGGAAUGUUUCGCUCCCUUCGCCGGCGGCACCUUCUUCGAGGACGACGGCCGCCCCUACUGCGAGCGUCACUUCCACGCGCGGCGCGGUUCUCUCUGCCGGGGCUGCGGGGAACCCAUCGCCGGCCGCUGCGUCACCGCCAUGGCGCAACGCUUUCACCCCGAGCAUUUCGUCUGCGCCUUCUGCCUCCGGCCGCUCUCCAAGGGCACCUUCCAGGAGCAGGAGGGCAAACCCUACUGCCGGCCCUGCUUCCUCCGCCUCUUCGGAUGAAACGAACCCAGCCCCGACCGACCCACAAGUCGUGGGGCGCCCCACGGAUGAGCCCGCGCACGAGGCGUCCGGUUCCGCCAAGGGGGGUUGGGGGGGGGGGGGGGUGGGUGAUCGCGCCGCAGGUGGACGUCACCCACCCCACCCCCCCUUCCCCGUCACCGUUACGGAGUCUGGCGGCGGUGUGGGGCGCCCCAUAGAUACCCCACGGCGGCGCUGGGGUGGGGUGGGGUGUCCCCCCCACCCGUGGGUGCUCCGCAGCGCAGCCUUGACCCCCCCCCCCGCCGUGGAUUUGCUCCAUGACGUGGGGCGGUGUCCGUGCAGGACUGGAAGCACUUGGGGGGCGGCACUUAUGGGUCGCAGUGGGGCAGCUGGGGGGGGCACUGGGGGCCUCCGUGGGUCGCACUUGCUCUUUGCUUGCACACACCAAAGCCUUGGC